AUGGCGGAAGAAGUCUACGACGGUGCCAUCGGCAUUGAUUUGGGCACGACCUACUCCUGUGUCGCUGUCUACGAGGGCAACAAUGUCGAGAUCAUUGCCAAUGAGCAGGGUAGCUUUACUACCCCUUCUUAUGUCUCCUUCAACGAGAAGGAGCGCUUGAUUGGUGAGGCUGCCAAGAACCAGGCUGCUAUGAACCCGCGAAACACCGUUUUCGAUGUCAAGCGUCUGAUUGGCCGACCUUUCAACGACCCCAUCGUCAAGAAGGAUAUUGAAUCAUGGCCUUUCAAGGUCGUCGAGCAGGGUACCAACCCUCUCGUCCAGGUCGAAUACCUGGGAGAGACAAAGACUUUCUCUCCUCAGGAAAUCUCUGCCAUGGUCCUCACCAAGAUGAAGGAGAUUGCCGAGGUCAAGCUCGGAAAGAAGGUUGAGAAGGCCGUCGUCACCGUCCCGGCUUAUUUCAACGACAACCAACGUCAGGCCACCAAAGAUGCUGGUUCCAUUUCUGGACUUAACGUGCUCCGUAUUAUCAACGAGCCUACUGCCGCUGCUAUCGCGUACGGCUUAGGCGCCAACAAGUCCAACAAAGAGCGUAACGUCCUUAUUUACGAUCUUGGUGGUGGUACUUUCGAUGUAUCGCUUCUUAACAUCCAGGGCGGUGUUUUCACCGUCAAGGCCACCGCUGGUGACACCCAUCUUGGUGGACAGGACUUCGACACCAAUCUUCUUGACCACUGCAAGAAGGAGUUCCAGCGUAAGACCAAGAAGGACAUCUCUGGUGACCCGCGAGCCCUCCGAAGACUUCGGACUGCUUGUGAGCGUGCCAAGCGAACCCUUUCCAACGGUGCCCAGACCACCAUUGAGAUCGACUCGCUUUUCGAUGGCGAUGAUUUCUUCCUUCAGAUCACCCGUGCUCGUUUCGAAGACCUAAACGCCAAGGCCUUCAACGGCACAUUAGAGCCUGUUGCCCAGGUCCUAAAGGAUGCUGCCGUCGAGAAGAGCGCUGUUGACGAGAUCGUGCUUGUUGGUGGCUCUACCCGUAUCCCUAAGAUUCAGAAGCUUCUCAGUGAUUUCUUUGAUGGUAAGAAGCUCGAAAAGAGCAUUAACCCUGACGAGGCUGUUGCGUACGGUGCUGCCGUCCAGGCCGGUAUCCUCUCCGGCAAGGCCACCUCGGCCGACACCUCCGACCUUCUCCUUUUGGACGUUGUCCCUCUAUCCCUCGGUGUUGCCAUGGAGGGUAACAUCUUUGCUCCUGUCGUUACCCGUGGCCAGACCGUUCCCACGAUCAAGAAGCGAACUUUCACCACUGUUGCCGACAACCAGCAGACCGUGCAGUUCCCCGUUUACCAGGGUGAGCGUGUCAACUGCGAAGACAACACUUCCCUUGGAGAGUUCACAUUGGCACCCAUCCCCCCAAUGCGUGCCGGAGAGGCCGUUCUUGAGGUCGUCUUCGAGGUCGAUGUUAACGGUAUCCUGAAGGUUACUGCCACUGAGAAGACCUCUGGUCGCAGUGCCAACAUCACCAUCUCCAACUCGGUGGGUAAGCUCUCGUCCACUGAGAUUGAGAGUAUGAUCACCGAUGCCGAGAAGUUCAAGAACAGCGACGAGGCUUUCAGUAAACGAUUCGAGGCUAAGCAGCAGCUCGAGUCCUACAUCAGCCGCGUUGAGGAGAUUAUCUCUGACCCCACCAUGUCCCUCAAGUUCAAGCGUGGCCAGAAGGACAAGAUCGAGCAGUCUCUUAGCGAUGCUAUGGGUCAGCUCGAGAUUGAAGAGUCCACCGCUGAUGACCUGAAAAAGAAGGAGCUAGCUCUGAAGAGACUUGUAACCAAGGCUAUGUCCUCCCGAUAAAGGAGUCUCUCAUUAUUUGGCGAAUUAGGUCAUGGAUUAUAGAUGGGCGGCUGGCUAGGGUCCCUAGAGUCUCCCAUUGGUGUUUUUUGAUGCACAUCUGCGCUGGAUUGACAUUGGCAUCCAGAGGGGGAAAAUAGGACUUGAUGGUUCAUUCGGCUUGGUGAGACACGAGGGAAAACAUAAAAGUCUUCCAGGAUGGUCUUACGCUUCCAUGGUCCUGUUACCCACUAUAUCCCCUUCCCCUCACGAAAAACAACCACCAUCGGCUGGUUGGCGGCGUAUUUGCAUGUAGACUAGGGAAAAAGGGACCCAACAGGGAUGAAAGCACAAUGAAUUUAAUGUCUCACGUUAACCAUUUUAUCUUUGU